GUUCCCGGGUGAUGUGGCCCCCAAGUCGGACAAAGAGGUGGCCGUGCAAUACCUGAACACCUAUUACGGCUGCCCCAAGGAGAAGUGCAACCUGUUUAUGCUGAAAGACACGCUGAAGAAGAUGCAGAAGUUCUUCGGGCUACCCGAGACAGGUGUCCUCGACAAGCGCACCAUCAUGACCAUGCGGAAGCCGCGCUGCGGCAACCCCGACGUGGCCAACUACAACUUCUUCCCCCGCAAGCCCAAGUGGGACAAGAGCGAGAUCACAUACAGGAUCAUUAACUACACGCCUGAUCUCGACUCCGAGACGGUGGAAGAUGCCUUCUCCCGUGCCUUCCAAGUCUGGAGUGCUGUGACCCCCCUUCGGUUUUCCCGUAUCCACGACGGAGAGGCAGACAUCAUGAUCGACUUCGGCCGCUGGGAGCAUGGAGAUGGAUACCCCUUUGACGGCAAGGACGGACUCCUGGCUCACGCCUUCGCCCCGGGCCCUGGUGUUGGGGGAGACUCCCACUUUGACGACGACGAGCUGUGGACCCUGGGAGAGGGGCAAGUGGUCCGUGUGAAGUACGGCAACGCCGACGGGGAGUACUGUAAGUUCCCCUUCCGGUUCAACGGCAAGGAGUAUACGAGCUGCACCGACACCGGCCGCAGCGACGGCUUCCUCUGGUGUUCCACCACCUACGACUUCGACAAGGAUGGCAAAUACGGCUUCUGCCCCCACGAAGCUUUGUUCACCACGGGUGGCAACGCCGACGGAAAGCCCUGCAAGUUCCCGUUCCAGUUCCAGGGCACGUCCUACAACAGCUGCACCACCGAGGGCCGCAGCGACGGCUACCGCUGGUGCAGCACCACCGAGGACUACGACCGUGACAAGAAGUACGGCUUCUGCCCUGAGACCGCCAUGUCCACUGUUGGCGGAAACUCAAAAGGUGCCCCCUGCGUCUUCCCCUUCACCUUCCUGGGCAAGAAGUAUGAGCGGUGCACCAGCGAGGGCCGAAACGACGGGAAGCUGUGGUGCUCCACCACGUCCAGCUUCGACGAGGACCGCGAGUGGGGCUUCUGCCCGGACCAAGGGUACAGCCUGUUCCUGGUGGCGGCUCAUGAGUUCGGUCACGCAAUGGGGCUGGAGCACUCGCAGGACCCUGGAGCCCUGAUGGCGCCCAUUUACACCUACACCAAGAACUUCCGCCUGUCCCAGGAUGACAUCAAGGGCAUUCAAGACCUCUACGGGCCCUCUCCUGAUGGUGACAUUGACACUGGCACCGGUCCCACCCCCACUCUGGGACCUGUCACUCCUGAGAUCUGCGUACAGGACAUCAUCUUUGAUGGCAUCUCUCAGAUCCGCGGGGAGAUCUUCUUCUUCAAGGACCGGUUCAUCUGGCGGACCGUGACGCCAGGUGAAAAGCCCACGGGGCCCCUGCUGGUGGCCACAUUCUGGCCUGAACUUCCAGAAAGGAUCGAUGCCGUGUACGAGGCCCCGCAGGAGGAGAAGGCAGUGUUCUUUGCAGGGAAUGAAUACUGGGUUUAUUCAGCCAGCACCCUGGAGCCGGGGUACCCCAAGCCUCUGACCAGCCUGGGGCUGCCCCCUGAUGUUGAACGAGUGGAUGCUGCCUUUAACUGGAGCAAGAACAAGAAGACGUACAUCUUUGCUGGAAACAAGUUCUGGAGAUACAAUGAGGUGAAGAAGAAAAUGGACCCCGGCUUCCCUAAGCUCAUCGAAGAAGCCUGGAACGCCGUCCCUGAUAACCUGGACGCCGUGGUGGACCUCCAGGGCGGCGGUCACAGCUACUUUUUCCAGGGCAUUUUUUACAUGAAGUUGGAGAACCAAAGCCUGAAGAACGUGAAGGUUGGAAGCAUCAAAUCCGAUUGGCUGGGCUGCUGAGCCGGCCGCAGCUCCCGCAGGGCCUGCGUCUCCAUCGCUUUCUGCACGUCGGGCCCUGAGCGCCGGGGAAGGACCCGCAAGGGCCCGGCAGCCUGCAGCUCUGUGGUUAAUCAGCGUUCUCACCGCCACCUGGUAAUGGAAGAUUCCCGAGAGUGGCUGUGCCCUGUGCCCAAGGAAAGGUGCUGACUAUACCCCUCCCAGGUGCUCUUUACCCCUCCAUAGCCCACCAGCCCUCGAGAGCCACCCCAAAAAGAUGCUUUAAUAUCCACGCAGCCCUGUGCUGGGCUGGUCUGGUGCUGCCACACUUUAGGCUCUUCUCCCUCCACAACCUGCUGUGGCUUCCAGCACCCUCAGAGCCAACAGAGACUGUCUCAAGAGGGCACCGGUGGCCCAACAGCCUGGCCUGGCCUGAGGCAGUGGGAGAGGCAUGGCCCGGAGGCCACCCAGGCACCUGGCUUCUCCCUGCUGUCUGCCUUAGAACCUUCCCUGCACUAGCAGUUGGCUUUGUAUGCACUUUGUUCUGAAGUCACUGCACGAAGCAUCUCAGCCCACGUAGGGAUGGUUCCCUUGUUCACUCUGUGUAGUCCUAACCUACCCCGUCACUUCCUCCACUGGAUGGAGGAAAACCAGCCGUGGCUCCCUGCUCUGCCCUCCCCUCCUCACCCUUCAACAAUUCCCCAUGGGAAAUGUCAACAGGUAUGAGUAAAGACACUAAUUGAGUGGCA